GCUCGUACUGAUUAUUAGUAAUUUUGACCCUAUAAUUACCCUGUAAAUUAAAUAAAUAGAGCCAUUCAUCAUCAUUCAUGUCAGUAGUAACCGUAGAACCGUUCGUGAGCUCUUCAGUCUAGAACCACAAUGGUGGGUGCGCGUCUGCAGCCGGUCGCCUCACUGGGCAAAUCACCAGCAGUGCUCUCUGGAUACCCCUCAUUGCCCCUCAUACUCCCGUCUGGUCAUCAGCAUGUUUACGAACUACGUCGCCAGUGUUUAUCAUUUGCAUCACACUACAAAUAUCUUGGUUUGCAACUCAAAAGAAGCAAUCAGAAAAUCGCCGCUAUUCCUGUCACCCGGACUGUCCUAAUCUACUGGACCUCAUUUACCAUGGCCGACGAGCUUACUGAGCAGCAAAUUGCUGAAUUCAAGGAAGCCUUCGCCCUUUUUGAUAAGGAUGGCGAUGGCCAAAUCACCGUCAGUGAGCUCGGCACGGUGAUGAAGUCCCUAGGGUUGAACCCUUCCGAAUCUGAACUCCAGGACAUGCUCAACGAGGUUGACGCAGAUGGAAGUGGAGCCAUUGAAUUCAAUGAAUUCCUUACCAUGAUGGCUCGAAAGGGCGCGGGGAGCGAUCCAGAGAAGGAACUCCGUGAGGCGUUCAAGGUCUUUGAUCGCGACGGCACCGGUACUAUCUCUCGCGAUGAACUCCGUCAUGUCAUGAAGUCUCUUGGUGAGAACUUGACGGAGGACGAAAUUGACGAGAUGUUGAAGAUGGCAGAUAAGGACGGCGAUGGAACUAUCGAUUAUAGUGAGUUCGCCGAGAUCAUGGCGCACAAAUGAACACGUCGGUCUGGAGGGUGGACGACGGGUGGACGGGCACUCAUGGAUUUGUCGGAUCGCAGCCAGCUCGAAGCAAUCGUGCAGCAUAAUGCACCACUAUGGACUCGUCGGCUGUGGCUUUUUCAAGGUCCGUGCUGCCGUGCAUGUCCAUUCAAUAGUAUUGCCUUGCUUCGGCCCCCGGGAACCGGAAUUCAAUCUUCAGAAGUCUACUUGUACUGUUGUACAGUUGCGAAAUUGCCGAUC